AUGCCGGCGGAGAUCAAUGGCCGAGAAUUGGACCCUGAGGAGAUGAUACCGAUGGGCCGCCGGAGAUAUGCGAGGAUUGCGGACGCGAUCCAUCAGCAUCCACAAGUUAACCAUGGUUCAUACAGGACACCGCCUACGCUCUCCCCAUUCUACCGCGCAGAUUGUUCUUCCGCAGCAAGGCUGUCGGUAAACGAUGAUAUCGAGACAACUCUCGCAAACCACUCGGAACCCCAGAAUGGCUAUAUUCUGGUGAACGUAGAUAGCACAACGCCGGAUCCAAGGCAGCCCGCCCCAUACUCGAACUAUGUUCAUGAGGAGGGCCGUGUCAUCAUGUACGCAGACGAUAAUCGGUAUGCUGCGGGCUAUACACAAGUCAACCGGUGGCCCCUUUGA